AUAAGUUAUCAGAAUGUGAUAAACUAUGCGAAUCCACCCGAAAUGAAGAGUCCUGUGUUUUUCGCCAUUUCGUGGUCACGUGCAUGUCCAUAAUAUUGAAGAUUCGCCGCCAGUAUUGAACGAUACAACUUAUACACUUUCGAAUAAACCAUCGCGUCAUUGCAUAUGAAUCGUCAUUUUGACGUUUACAUCGUAAAAAAUAUGUUUUUUAGUCAAACGUUGGUGAAAUUUUACGUGAUUUUUCAAAUUUUAUUAAAGGCAAACUAUGGAAAUGGACACGACUGCGAAACUUUAACAGGUAACUCUACAGAAAAGCUUAAAUGUCGAUUAUUUUCAAAUUACAAUUCAUCUACCCUUCAGAAAACUACUUCAGAAGAUUACCUUCAAAUACUGGACUUGGACGUUUUUUAUGCUGAUAUACAUGUUUCAGGAAUAUUCCAGCUGAUCGGAACUGCAAAAGCGAUGUGGAAAGAUGAGCAAUUGACCUGGGAACCAAAUGAAUACAAUGAUACACAGUCUCUAGAUAUUGGGAAUCAUUUUCACCAAACAUGGAAACCAGAUUUUUCAUUAAUCAACAAUGCAUUCAUCAAGAAUAAACCUUUACUCGAUUCUGGCGGUAUUACUACAGUAAUGCAUAAUGGAACAGUAACAUUCUGGACAAACUACAUCAGUAUACAAGCAACGUGUCCAGUCACAGUAAAAAUUAGACCGUGGUAUAAUCAUAUGUGCCAACUUGAUUUUAAAACCAGCUCACUAAACCCAUUAUUCACCAUUCAUCAUCAAAGUGAAUCUUUACUUUCUAGAAUUUUCAAUAAUUCUGACAGAUCAAAUUCUGGAAAUGAAUCACCAUGGACUGUCAGUAAAACCCAAAAUGUAAAAUCAAUAGAUGGCAACUAUACAUCAUCUGACUAUGCGAUAUCGAUUGAAGUUGAACUAAAUAGAAACAUUGGUAUUUUCAAUUCUACAAGAUGUGUCCCAUUUCCAAGCAGCUAUGAAGCUGAAAUCAAAUGCAAUUUGUUUUCAAAUUACAAUUUACUUUUACCUUCACCAAACGCAUAUGUGCAGACUUUCUUUAGCCCAUUAGUGGAUGUGGUCAUCUCAUACAUCGAUUUGAACAUUGAGGAUGGAAUACUUCUGUUGAUUGGACAUAUUAAUAUGCAAUGGGACGAUAAACGAGUCGCUUGGAAUCAACAAUUUAAAAAAGAACCAAUAACUUGGGAAUCGAAUAAAUCACUUGAAGAUGAUUUACUUAUGGUAGGAAUUGAUGAUGCCGAUUCAGUAUGGAAGCCAAGUUUGGUACUCAGCAAUAAUUUGUUUGAAGAAGACUCCAUAAACAACAGAUCAUUCGGCAAGGGUCGCAUGAAGGCAUUUAUAGAUGGUUGGUUGGCAUGGGAGUCAUCAAUGAGGAUACACACAAAAUGCGACGUGAAUUCUAAUGGUUGGCCAUGGGAUCCUCAAAAGUGUGAACUCGAUUUUACACUCAAUACACCAGCUUUAGAGAUAAUAUUGUUAGAUAAAUCGGUAUAUUCACCAUCAUUAUGGACGAUAACCGGCCUCGAAGAAAAACGUGAUCUUCUACAAUCGAAAAUUGAAAUAAUUUUGCAAAUGAAAAGCUAUUCAAGGCAGGUGGUAUUGUGUUCAACAAUUAUAGCUGUAAGUUUGGUGAUGCUGAUAUCUUUCUUGAUACCUCCAAUGAGUGGACUGAAACUGACUUCAAAAAUAUCAUCUAUUCUACUUCUGAUACUUUUUCUGCUGAUGAUGAUAAAUUCGAUUCCUAAUUUCAGCACAAAAGCAUCUAAUUUUGUGACUGGACUUGUCGUGUUAUUAUUAAUAUUGGGAGUAUCCAGCUGUCUCACCGCCAAAUUGGUUCAAUUUGCAAGAAUAACACAUUCAUCACUGGUCGAGCAAGGAGCAAUUUCUGAAGAAAGCAAAUGCGAAGACAGCAAGGUGGAUACAUUGCAGUUGCUACCUAUGUCAUCCACUGAUGAUGAAUGCACACCUGGAGAAUCUCUAUUGAAUAGAAGUGGAAAAAAAUGGUUAAACGUAGCCGUUGCGGUGGAACUUACAUCAUUUGGGAUUUGUUUGAUUGUUGUUAUAUUUCUUAUCAUGAGUUUAUAAACUUAUUGAAACUGCAUAAUGGCAUUUUGUGUUGGUACCUACUUAAUUUGAUUGCACAUAUCUUUGAAAUAUGUAUGUACUUACUUACUUACUUACCUAAUAUCAUUUACGAGACAUAAACUGGAUAAAUACAUGAGUGCAGUUAGCUUUA